AUGGUGGCCUUGAACUACCAGAGCUCCGACCUGCCCAUGGUCAACGAGGGCCUCUUCUCCCACGAGAACGGCGGCUGCGGCUACAUCCUGAAGCCACCUCAGUGCCAGCCUAGCAACGGGGACUCACCUCCAGGUUCGCAGCGGCCAGCGGUUACGCAGUGCGUCAUCGAGCUGCGGGUGCUCUCGGGCCACGACCUGCCGAAGCCCGACGGGGCACGGUGGCGGAUGACGGGUGACGAGGCCAUCAAGCCCAUGGUGAGGGUGAGCCUCUGCGGAGCGGCUCCAGACAGGGUCACGCAGGAGACCUGCCGCGUCAUGGACAACGGCUUCAACCCGUGCUGGAACUGGACCAUGACCUUUCGGGUGACCGAGCCCGACGUUGCAGUCCUGGCCUUCGAGGUCUUCCACGUUUCGUCCGCCUCGGACGGCCGGACGGUCACGCCCAGCACGCCCAGCAACGCCGAGCCCUCCGAGGUUGAGCCGCCUGCUCGCUCGCGCGGGUCCGACCGCAUAUCCGAGUCUUCUGGGUCAUCGGCUGCAUCGUCGGUGCCACGGACCAGGCUUUCAAGGACCGGGGGCUCCUGCGGCGCAGCUCCAGCGGCUGCUCCAUCGGCCACGAGGGCGCGGACGGCGUCUCUUCGCCGACGUCGGCUGCGCGGGGUUCGUCGGCUUCCUCGGAGAGGCCGAGGACCAGGCCAAGGUCCCUGCUUACGUCCGCGAAGCCAAGGCUCGAGCUGGUCGCCUCCGCGGCCUUCCCGUUGUGCGGCCUGCGCGAGGGCGUCCGCUGGGCCCCCCUCCGCGACGGCCGGUUCCGCCAGAGGGAACGCUGCGGGCUGCUCCUCCACUGCAGCCUCGCCGGGCCCUGGGCCGACGCGCGGCGGCGAGCGGCCGCGGGCGGCGCCCCGCGGGCCCCAGCGGCGGCUGCCUCACCUGCCGCCGCCGCUGCGGGCGCCCCCCAGGCCAGCGCCCAGAUCGUUGUCACCCCGCCGGCGGACGCGCCCGCUGCCGCCAACGUGCGCGCCGGCGGCCCCGACUGCCUGCCGCCCGAAGGGCUGGAUCUCACCACGCCGGCGGACGAGCCGCCGAACGUCUCUGACUUGUGCUCGGAGGACGGCCCCGUCGUCGCAAUCUGAUCGCGCGCCAGCUGGCCACCUUUUCGCCCCCUAG